ACGUGUGUGUACGCGGUGAUAGUCUAUAUACACCCGACAGGCAGUGUUAAACCCCCAGGUACACUUACAAACACGUACAGGGACGAAGGAGGUGUAUGCUGACGGGCACUCAGAUUGAAAGUAUAACCACGGAUUCUAAGUUAUUGUAAUUAUGUAAAUAACAUUAAACCCUGUCCCAGCAUGAUCAUACAGCCAUUGUAGAGAGAAAAACCCCGACGGUGUGUCACUCAGGGCAUCCUACUGCACCAGGUAUGGUAUUCCACACCUGGUGUCAGCUCGCGAUCCAUGCACAGGUUGACGUUGUUGAAGAAGAUCAGCGAGCCGUGCUAACUACUGUGCAAUAUUAGACUGGUGACGACGAUAGGAUCUUACUCUACCUAUACACGUAUUGUAGCCACGCCAACGUAUCAUAUACAUAUCUCGUUCUAAAUCCCUCUGAUGAUUUACACAGGUACUCCAACAACAAUGGCCCGGGGCUGGGUACCAAGCGCAAUGAGUCGCCUUCUCUCGUGAAUUUAACAUUGAUUUUUGCAUUGUCUCGGGUACACAGACGCCCAAUCACGGAGAACAAUGCUCACCCAAGGCGUGGCGGGGAGGUGGUAUUAGGAACGGCCCAGGGUCAGACGAGACGAGCGAUAGUGUCGUCCAGCUAGCUCUAGAUUAACUUGAUUAGGUCAACGUUAGAGCAAUGACGAUAGCACAUUAACACAAGUAGUACUGUAUAUAGCAGGUAAAAAAACCUGCUAUAGGAUGUGAUUAUACAGUGAACGAUUGUUAUCGAAAAAUAAACUACAAAUAAGUGGACUAUUACACGAUAUCAAUAACGCAUUACUCGACAUAGGAACCUACAUCAAGUAUGUAGGUAGACGUUGUGUACUUAAAUAAUUCACACAGGGAAAUAAGUUGUCGGUGAUGGUUGAAAAUGUUGGAAAGGUACGUUAACGGAACCAACACAGUAACGCAUGAUCUUCAUUACGGAUUGGAUGUUGACAUAUUAAUGGGCUGAAGUCACAAUGUACCACAACACUCGGAUUAUUAUUGCUGUGAUGGCUUUUUGAAACAAGACUGUCCUCCAUCGCGUGUGCGAGACACCGACAAAGCAUGAACGAUGUGCAUACUUGACAAAAUGAUCCUGCAAAAUUACCUACUUAGAAGUUAGUGACCAUGUGAUGAUAUCACGCAACCCUGUUCGCACGUGUCCAAUAUGUGGUAGUUCAGACGUGAUUGACAUUAACCAUUGCUGACAAUCGUUUCUUCUAGUUACAUACGUCACGAUGGGGAUAUUCUUCGCUGUGUUCGGUAUGCUGAUAUACCUGAUAGAGACGGGUCUCCAGCUUCACGUGUGUUGGCGUCUUUGGGAAGUCUCGUCCGUACUGGCGGGAUUGAGCCUGUCCUACGUGCUCGGAUCUCUUGUGAUCGUGAAUAUCGUGUCGGCCGUUAUGGUUCUCCGCACCAUGGACUUCUCCGGGAAGACAUGCGGCAGAUGCCUUUGUGUUCUCCUCCACUCUUGUCAGCUGGGCCUGAUCUGGCGCUGCCUCAAAUUGCUCAUUCUUUACGACGAAUCCGACUGGAAGGAGUACCUGGGUUUGAGGCUCAUUCAUACAGCAUUACAGAGUUUACCUUUUGUCGUCACUUCCGGUUACUACAUGUUCACUUCUAACCUAUUCGACUCCGAGUCCGUGUUUUCGUUGUUUUUGUUCCUUGUAUCCAGUGCCAUAGCCUUAGCAACCUUUAAUCUUGGGAAGUAUUUAUUUGAUUCCGAGGAAUUCUUGGAAUGGAAAGCUCGAGCUCGGAAGCCCGUUGGAAUAUGUUUACUAGUGUUCGGAACGUUCCUUAUGCUGAUAUCAAGGUGUGGAUCAUUCAUCUUGUUCAUGUCGGUUUUCCAUUAUUGGAUUUUGGUGCCUAUAGGUGGCCAUUUCCUUGUGUAUAUUCUGAUAACCUCUAUUUACUCGGGGUAUACGAAUGGUUGUGGCGUGUGGAGUCAGAUAAAAAAUGGCCUCACCUCAUACCUGAACAUAUUUGACCUUGUCGAGAGGGAGUCCAGUAAGGUUAGUUGUAGGAAUGUGUUUUAUUACAGUGCUGUUGUCAUAGAAAACGUCACAAUGACAGCAGUUUGGAUGGUUGCAUUCGAUGGAGAUUAUUUAUUCAAAUUGUGUAUUGUUUCAUUAAUCAUCGUAAGUUUUAUAUUUGGAGUUAUUUUAAAGUCGUCAAGUUGUGGCUGUAUCCAUUGGGUCGAUUCAGACGAUCCUAUAUCAGUGGACACAAUGGAUCUAGCCUUAUACAUCACAAAACAGGCCAUAACGUCUCCGCAGACAAAUAAUCACAAUGCUGAUCACAGAUCACAUGACCAGAGCUACCUUGAAAACGGCAGCCACUUUCCAGAAUCUAUACAAAUUGAAGAUGGACAUCUGACAGGAUAUGACAAUGAAGGGUUUCAUAGUAUAUCAUCGCCGAAUUUAGACACUUCUUUGAAACACUCUAAUAAAAAGAGUUCCAAGAAGAAGAAAUCUGCAGAUGAUUCUUUAACUCAAUCUGAUAAAUCUCCAAGAAAAAUAGGGUUGACCGGAAGUAGUGGCGACGUGGCAUCCAGCAAUAGUAGAAAUACCAACACACUUAAUAUCAGUAGCCAAAGUAACCGACAGAGUAAAAAGGGCACAUUGCCUCCCGAUUAUCCUGACAACAGCCUGGCGUCGCCAGGGGGCACAGUGUUACCGCGGUCGUCUACCAAACACCGGAAGUCAACUAAUGGAGUGCAACACAUUCCGACACAGGGAACACUGUCGGAUAGAGGGGCUCCGAAACAAAGAGACAAUUUAUUGGUUAAACAAUUCUCAUUAAGGAAAACAAAAGAUAUUCCUUUAUUUCCUAAUGAAUGUAAUGGGAUCGAGGGGUCCAAAGCUUUUGGAUCUCCCAAAGCCAAGCACGUUCUGAGUAACUCCGUGGAGGAGUACGACCCGGACGAUUCGGAGUCGUCAGAUGACUCAGAGUACAUCAGCUACAGCUACUACUACGACACAGACUGGUCAACCAUGCUCUCCUUCGACUCCGAGGACGCCAAUACCUGGGCACAGCCUGUCUCUCUUGUCAACCUCCAUUCCUUGCCAAAAGAUAAAUCCUCAGCCACCCAAAGUGUUCAAACCUGGCUUAGCCAACUAGAGGAGUGGGAGCCGAUCAUAGAGCCACCAGAGGUGGCUGUAGAUGAAAUGCCGGACGUGCUCGACAAGACAUCCAGACAGUUACAGGACCAGUACGUUAGUUCAUCUCAUCACAGUGACACUUCACAUCGUAGUUCUAGUGUUUACGACAGUACGUAUCGACGUACACCUGUUGUAACUGGCAAAGUGCAAUCGCCUCAUCCUAACCGCUCCUAUAGGGGCAAAACUCAUCAUAAUAAUGUGUCUAGCAUUCCCGCCACAAGCUUUAUCAGUCAUAAUUUGAACAAACCAGACAGAAUUGGCCCCUCUUCAAGCGGGGCCAGCCGCCCACCCAUUCCCGCUCUUCCUAUGACGGGGCGAGGUACAAUGGUUGACAAUGGUGUGUUGUUAUGGCAACAUGAAGACACUGCCUCUCCAGAUUGUGUACAAGAAUCAAUGGUGUAGUAUACCUGUAUAUGAAAAAUGCAUUUUUUUUUAUUAAAAAAAUGAAAUUAUUAAAAUGAAAUACAAAUGCAAAUUUCGGUUGCUGUCUUGUGCAUACAACUGUAGGGCAGACCAUUUUAUGAUCACUGCAACUACAAAAUGAUUUGUUUUUACCUUGACCUUAUUCGUUUUGUCAUAUGUCGCGUCAUAUUCACUGUAUCUUACUUUAUACUUGGAUAUGCGUUCUACAUAAUCUGAAAAGUAAGGGAAAGUUAUUCUGUCCACUGCUCUCUUGCAGUACAUAUCCAAACCAGUAUGAAAGAUUGUCUGUAGACAUGUUUGUUCCCAAACUACCAU